GUGAUAUUCUCAUGAGUCCAUGUAAAUCAAUGGGCAAUUUGGGUAUUUCAUAGUCCACAUGAUUAUUUUUUUCUCUGUUGGUCAUAACAUGGGUUCUUCGGAAACUCAGGCAAUGUCUUAAUGCCAAUAUUUACUAAUCUUCAUAUAAAUGUGAGAGCUCAUCUCCUCAUUUAAGUGCUCAAAGAAGAGAGAGAGAGAGAGAGAGAGAGAGAGAGAGAGAUGGUCUCUAGGGAGCAAAAGAAAGCAGCUCUACAAGAGAAGCUGCAGCUUCUUCGAUCUGUUACAAAUUCCCAAGCACCAAAUAAAACCUCAAUCAUAGUGGAUGCUACCAAAUACAUUCAAGAGUUGAAGCAAAAAGUCGAUGCUUGUCUGAAAGAUCUUGCUGAGGAUAGCAGCAUGCCUAUGGUUACUGUUUCGACGGCAGAGAAGGGCCUACUCAUCAAUGUGUUCUCCGAGAAGAGUUGUCCCGGUUUGCUUGUCGUGAUACUAGAGGUGUUCGAAGAUCUGGGUCUUGAAGUGCUAAAUGCUAAUGUGUCCUGCACUGAUACAUUUCACUUGGAGGCAGUAGGAGAAAAUCAAGUUGACAGUGUGGAUGCUCAGAUGGUGAAGCAAGCAGUUUUGCAAGCCAUAAAGAAAUGGAGAGAAACAACCGAUGGAGUAGACGCAACCAUAUAAGACUUUGAAAUGUUAUCUAUCUAUCUAUCUAUCUAUCUAUCUAUCUAUCUAUCUAUCUAUCUAUAUAUAUAUAUAUAUAUAUAUAUAUAUAUAUAUAUAUAUAUGGCGCAAGCUUGUUUAGGCUUUCCUUCAAUCUGUAAAUUUUGCUUAAAGUAUCUCAAUAAUCCAAUACAUGAAGUUGGAUCCUCGUAAAUUAUUAUAGUUCUGCAGUAGCAAGAACAAAUGUUCUUCUACAUGAAUAAGGACAUGCGAAGCGAAUUAUCCUCAACGUGUAUAUAGUGACCAACUAUGGACGAAUAUUGUGUCGGAAUGUGAGUACUUUCAAAAAGGUUACCUUGUGCAAAUAAUUAAUAUUUGAAUGUUGUUGAGAAA